AUGGAGGAGAGGAGGUUUGAGGAGAGACGUCGUUCACAUCCUCACUCCGUCGCCGCCCACAUCCUCACUCUGCCGUGCGUCGGUCAAAGCGCUCGAAUCAACACCGUCAACAUCCUCACCGCCUUUGUCUGGUCGCCACCUCGCAGAGUCAUCGUUUACCUAAAUCUGUUGUCCUCGGCCGCCGCUGCGGCCUGUCGGGCCCCUUCCUGA